AUGGAAUUUCAUUAUAAAUCAUCUAAUCAAAUACAAAGCAAAAUACGCCCAUCAUUUGAUUUAAAGGCUAAGAAAAAUAUGGCAAAAAGCUAUGAUUAUUCAAUUAUCAAGCCAGCUUUCAAUAAAGAAAUACAAAUUACUGGGCAAACUAUUUUUUUAGUCUCAGGAAUCUUAAUGGAGGUAAUUGUAGUCAUCAACAUCAUUUGGUCCUGUGUCAGUACUUUUGAUUGCUCUAUAUUUUGGCCUACAGUUAGUUAUCUAGCUUGUUUUAGAGGCCAUGAUAGAUUGUUUAACUUCACUAUGGCCUUUUAUGCAUUCAUCACAGGACUAUUUUUUAUCACUGCACAUGUCCACUUUUUUAAAAUUUACACACCUAGACUCAAACUAUUUUAUACGCUUUUAAGUGCUGGAAUUGUGCUGGCUUUCCCAUUUAUAUCAAUGAUUGAUGAAGGAAAUAGCUCGCAUGUGGUCCCUUUGGAAAAAAUUCAUUAUUGGAUUAUGAUUGGUUUUAUUUGUGGGGUUUUAGCUUGGAUUUACAUGUCCUUGCUUUGCAUCAAUGCAAUUUCUAUCCCUAAAGAAAAUUUGAUAUGGAAGGAUUUUUUACUGAAAUAUUUGGCUAUUGGAUUUGCUAUCCUUUUGGUUAAUUUAUACGAAUACAAGUAUGCAUACACAGAACAAGCGAAUUGGUUUACAAAUCAAAAUGUAGAAGCAGCUUGUGAAUGAAUGGUGAUUUCUAUGACGGUAUUUUUGCCGUUUAUUUAUAGCUUAGUUUUCCCUAGUGUUAGAUUAAGAGUCAAGGUUGGAUAG